GUGCAUCGAAAGUGUUCUGAGUGGUCUUGUCAUCGAUAAGGAUUUUAUUGAAAGCUAGUUCAGGUGUUGAAAUUUGAGGAAUUGUAAAUUUAUUUUUGAAGAACGUGCUGAUCAUGGAUGACAUACCUAAAGAAGGAGCAGAAGGCGAUAAGAAGAUUGUCCACACAUACCCACUUGUCAAGCAUUCAGACAUGAACGAAGAGAUUAAAAAUGAAGCUAUUGAAAUUAUUACAACAGCAUGUGAGAAAUAUUCACAAAAUUACGAGCAAGCUGCAAGAUCAGUGAAAGAGUCAAUGGAUAAAAAGUUUGGAUCAUUUUGGCAUUGCUGUGUGGGUGAGGGGUUCGGAUUUGAGGUCUCGUUCGAGACUAGAAAUAUAUUGUAUUUAUUUUUUGGCGGUAACCUUGCCAUUGUUCUAUGGAAAUGCUCGUGAAAAUGUAUUUAUUAUUGAACAAUGUUGUAAAUAAUCUACAUCCAAAAAUAACAAU